UUCAACUUCAACUCACACAUUCAACAUUUCUUCAUUUUCACACUCUCUCUGUCACUCACACAAAUCAUUCUUCAUUCCUUCUUCUUCUCUUCCAUCAAACCCUAAAAAUGGUGGGAAUUGGAUCAUCUUCUGAUCCAUAUGACACAGAUGAAGAAUCAACAAUUCAACAAAUCAUCUCUCAAGCACAAGACUCAAUCAUCCUUCAACAAAUCUCUGCCAUCAAUUGUUCAUCUUUCACUCACUCUGAUCUUCCUACUGACCUUGAAUCUCGUUUCCUCAAGCUCAAAUCUUUUCCUGCUAAUCACACUACCCCACCACCUUAUGUUGCUAAAGCUCCCACCUUUUCAAACCCCCCAAAAAAAAGUUUCAAUUUUUCACCACCCAAAGAUAAUAAUUCCACAAAAAAAUCAGAUUCUGAUUCUGGGUAUGUCUCAUUUCCCUCAGAUUCUUCAAUAGGGAAAAAGGGUCUUAACCCAAAAUCAGAAAGUCCAAAACUAAAAAAUGGGUCUUUUUCUUCACCCUCGUAUUCUUCUCAUACUUCUGAAGAAAGUUCAAUAUCUUCUAUGUUUAUGCCAUUGAAAAUGCAGAAAGAUGAAGGGAAUUGUUCGAAGAAAAAGGCUGUGUCUCCGAGUCCAUCGCCUCCUAGAAAGUGGGGUUGUUUUUGGUGUUCUCCUAAGAAGGAGAAGAAGAAAGGAAAGGAGAAUGAUGAUGAUGUUGUUGGGUGGGAGGAAUGUACAAGAAGUGAUGAGUUGUUGUCUGGUAUUGGAAGUUUGUCCAGCAAGAAACGGCUGAAUAUGAUUGAGAAGGCAUUGAAGGAAGAAGAGAAGAGGAUUAAUCGCGAGGCUGAGAAGAUUAUUGAAUUGGUUAAACAUGCUUCUGGUAGGAUGAAUGUUUCUGAUAUUGAUGAUGAGCUUAGUGAUGAUUAGGGUAUUGAGUAUUAUUACAUUUUGGAUCCCUUCUAGUUCCAUAGUAUCUUGUUAGUUGCUGCAAGAUAACAAAAGUGUUGCUAAUGUUCCAAAUUUUUCUUGUAUUUCUAUACUUGUUGCUGUUUACAUAUAUACAAAUGUUCUUAUAGAAUUUGAUGAUUGUCUAUAAUGUGUUUUUCUGUUAUACAGUGGAUUGAGCAAAGAGUUUAUUUUGA